CCCUGAGCUCCCCCUUGGGGAGCAGUGCAGAGGCCUGGAUCUGGAAUCAGCGCUGGGGUGGUUCAACCCGGUUGCCAGCAGGAGUUUUCCUGACCAGCCUGCACAACGGACACUCCUCCGCGCCCGAGCGGAAGUGAUGGCAAGCGCUCUCGGGCAACGGUCCUGGCUCUGUGCCAGCCACAGCCUCACCUGUCCAGCGUGGGCCCCGCGGGGUUCCAAGACUAUCCCUAGCCCUGCCGCCUCCAGCCGCCCCCUCUCUGCCCGUCAGCUGCUGCUCCUGCCUGCCGCCCCGCAAGUCCUGUCAGACGCUCACUGCGCCCACAGCUUGUCCUGCAGCGGGCACCGUUACCCUGGUUCCUUGUCCUGCCCUGCAGAGGUGGCUGGGAGCUGGGGCACCAACAUGAACGAAGUGUCAGUCGUCAAAGAGGGCUGGCUGCACAAGAGAGGGGAGUACAUUAAAACAUGGAGACCCAGGUACUUCCUUCUGAAAAGCGACGGCUCUUUCAUCGGCUACAAGGAGCGGCCCGAGACGUCUGAUCACAGCUUGCCACCUCUGAACAACUUCUCGGUCGCAGAAUGCCAGCUGAUGAAGACGGAGCGCCCCCGGCCAAACACCUUCGUCAUUCGGUGCUUGCAGUGGACGACUGUCAUCGAAAGAACCUUUCAUGUGGACUCUCCCGACGAGCGGGAGGAGUGGAUGCACGCCAUUCAGACCGUCGCCAACAGCUUAAAGAACCAAGAGCCCGAAGAAGACACGAUGGAUUACAAAUGCGGCUCUCCCACCGACACCACUGGGGCUGAGGAGAUGGAAGUGGCCGUGACCAAGACCCGGGCGAAAGCAACCAUGAACGAUUUCGACUACCUGAAACUCUUGGGGAAAGGCACCUUCGGCAAAGUGAUCCUGGUGCGGGAAAAGGCCACUGGGCGCUAUUACGCCAUGAAGAUCCUGCGGAAAGAAGUCAUCAUCGCAAAGGACGAGGUGGCGCACACGGUUACAGAGAGCAGAGUGCUGCAGAACAGCAGGCAUCCCUUCCUGACGGCACUGAAGUACGCCUUUCAGACCAACGACCGGCUCUGCUUCGUGAUGGAGUACGCCAACGGAGGAGAGCUGUUUUUCCACCUUUCGAGAGAGCGCGUGUUCACGGAGGACCGGGCCCGUUUCUAUGGUGCUGAGAUAGUGUCCGCACUGGAGUACCUGCACUCCAGGGACGUGGUCUACAGGGACAUCAAGCUGGAGAACCUGAUGCUGGAUAAAGACGGCCACAUAAAGAUCACGGACUUCGGGCUCUGUAAGGAAGGCAUAACGGACGGCGCCACCAUGAAAACCUUCUGCGGGACGCCGGAGUACCUGGCCCCGGAGGUGCUGGAGGACAAUGACUACGGGCGGGCUGUGGACUGGUGGGGGCUGGGCGUCGUCAUGUACGAGAUGAUGUGCGGCCGCCUCCCCUUCUACAACCAGGACCACGAGCGGCUCUUUGAGCUGAUCCUCAUGGAGGAGAUCCGCUUCCCCCGCACCCUGAGCCCCGAGGCCAAGGCCCUGCUGGCCGGACUGCUCAAGAAGGACCCCAAGCAGAGGCUAGGAGGAGGGCCAAACGACGCCAAGGAGGUGAUGGAGCACCGCUUCUUCACAGCCAUCAACUGGCAAGACGUGGUUCAGAAGAAGCUCGUCCCGCCGUUUAAGCCCCAAGUGACAUCUGAAAUCGACACGCGAUACUUUGACGACGAGUUCACAGCGCAGUCGAUCACCAUCACGCCUCCUGACCGAUAUGACAGCAUGGACUCCCUGGAGGCCGAUCAGCGGACGCACUUCCCCCAGUUCUCCUACUCCGCCAGCAUCCGAGAAUAGGCGGUGGCAGGCAGAGACUUGGGCUCCGAGCACGGGAGAACUUGUUGGUUUUGUUCCUUGGAUUUCUCUCCAGCAAUCUGGUCACACACUAGCCCGGCCCCCGGAGGCUGCAGGGCAGCUGCCCCAGCUGUUUGAAACUCAGCCAGGUUGGCAUCACACCACCAGGCGAGCAGGGAGACGCUAGCUCCCCGUUUCGAGCUGUGUGGAAAGGAAGGAAGUGCUCUUGCUCCGUGGCUCUGAGCAGCUCCAAGCCCUGGCUGGUUCAGUACCAUGGGGUUGCUUUUAUUUUUAAACUCCUAGAAGUGCUUACAGCUUUUAAAGACACCCCACCCCACGAGACAGCCCCUCUCUCAGCCUUCCUCCAGCGUCCAAGGGCCCAGCGAGCCGGGUUGUCAGCUAGCCAUAACCUAAAAAACAAAGACCAGGAGAGAGGUCCUUGGAGAGGAAUCCUGUGGAAUCGAAACUGACUUGCAAGGAAUGACGCCCGUUCUGUCCAGAGAUUUCUGUUGGUCACGGAGAGCGACUGUGUGUGGACGUGACGUAAGACGCCACUCGGAAUCUCCGCUGGGACGCACAGUAAACCCUCCGAGCAGGCCGAGAGCCCGGCGGGUUGGCCCUCACCCCAAGGGCUGCUGUUUACUUCAUUGCUCCAGUGCAGCGAGGAACACUGGCUCGCCAGCCCCAGGGUUGGGUUCCUGGUUCCUGUUUUCUCUUCUGCCUGUUACAUCUUUGCAGCCCUUCCUUACACCUGCUGGGAAAGGGGCACCAGCUGGAGCCAUGUGGAUCUCUGCAGGCAGGCGGGGGGAGGGAGUCUGGUGGGCACUUGGAGAUUCAGCAGGGCUCCCACGGCACAAGAGCACUAAGGAAGAAGCCGGCCCUUUCCAUGGGGAAGUGGCAUGUCAGGAAGGGAGGGGGUUCUUGCCGGAGAAAAGCCAACCCCAGCCCACGGCGGUACCUGUGUCCGACACGCACGGUUGUAAAAGCAAUAAUGUUUUUCUUCAAAGCUGCCUUAAAGCCAGAAGUCGGUGCGCUCGGUGCUGCGGUCCCUUCACACCCUGUGUGCGGCAGGAUUUUACACAGAACGACCAGGCAGCUAAUAAACGCUGCAGCGCUCGGCCGGAGACGCGCCUUCCUCCGCAGCUCCUGUGAGCCCCUCGCCCGCCGGCUCAGCCCCCAGACUUCGGGCUAAUCUUUUCCCACAGCACACGCCAAAGGCCCCGUUUCCCCAUUCGGACGCACCCUGGGCUGUCGUGGACACUGCCGAGGGGCUGGGGAGCGCUGCUCCGCCUGUCCCUCCCAGCGCCAGCUCCUGGGCGGAGUGCAUCGGGCAGCGGAGACUGGACAGAGAAAGUUACGAGUCGCGGGAGCUGAGCGCUCUUUCCCCAUUGUCACUAAGCUGCCGGACCGCGUGUGUCAGACUCAAAUGCUCUGAAACCAUCUGCAGCUUUGAGGGGCAGGGGGAGCAGCUGCCUUCUGCUCCUCCCGGCAUCCCAGAGCCACAGCGGGUCUCCCUGCCCAGCGUCUCUGAGCCAGUGUCUCUGAGCUUCGCCUGGGCCGGAAAUCGCAACCCCUAGCCCAGUGGCAGAGAGCCAUCCGAGCUGCAUGGCCUUGAGGCUGCCGAUGCACCUGGGGUGCAGGUUACAGCCACGUUGUGCGGGUGAGGCGACCUCAGGGUGCGUGGCGGGGGGACCCUGACUCCGGGGGGUCUGCAGCCACUUGGACCGAGAGCCUGGCCUGGCAGUUUUUCAGUUAGACACGUUUUGAUGGGAUAUUCUCGCCUGCUCUGGUGCCCAAGCUGGGCUGCAUCCCUGGUGUGUGGGGUCUCUUUCCCCAAGAUUUUUACUUAGGUCAGCCGGUUAGCCGUUAAUUCUGGGGGUUCGUUCCCCAUGGUGCUGUUCCCUUGCAGGCAAUGGACGCACUGGUGAAUGGCUGACGGCCAGGACACCACGUGGCCUCGUGUUUUGGUAUUUAGCCGAUUAUGCCUGAUUUGAGGGAUGGGGGGCCACGGCUCUCGGUACAGAUGCCCCAAGUACUCAGCUUAGCUCUUCCUGCUGUGCAAGGUCAGGCCCCGGGAUUGCCGCCUCGGAGCUCGGCAUGCUUGCCCGCUCCUAAUUUUUAAGCUCUUGAGUAUUUCUGCCGCCUUUACCAGUGUCCGAGCCAGCGCCGAUCUGGGUCCCGGUCCUCUCCAGCUGCUCCUCGCUGAAGUCUCUGAAUUUCUCAGGGAGGGCGGGAGCCUCGUCCCAAGAGCCGCAGCCGGCCGUGCAGCCUGGCUGGGAUUUGGGAGAAAGACUCCCCGCUGCUCAGCUGCCACCCCGGACAGGCACCCUCAGCAGGGGGAGCAGGUAGCCGCAGGCCUGAGCCCGGGCUGAGGCUGCGGGAUCUGGGGCUACUCAGUGAGGGGGUCCACAGGGCUCAUGCGCCGCCCUACCCUGCUGCAACUUCCCCUUAACCCUCCCGUCCCUGGCUGUGGUGCCCGCCCACAGUUAGCUGGGCUGAAUUUGAGACUCAGGCUCUUUGCGCUCCGAGCCUGGUGCAGCCUCAGCCCCGAGAGAGGAGGGGGGACGGGUCUCGUGACCUGUCCCAGCCUGUGACGCACCCCUGGCAAUGCUGGCACGGGGGGUUGGGGCAGGUUUCCCCCGCUCGCUCAGGGUGCGCCCGAGAGUCUUGGCAGCACUGGUCUGUCUCCUCCCGCAGCCCAGGGCUCUGGCAGGGGACCCGCAGAACGGGAGGUGGCCCUGAGUGGCCAGAGCCGCUGGCUGGAGUUCGUCUGGGAACUUCCCUGCAGGGGGGCCCAGGCUGAACGGAGGAGCUGGUAGUGUGCCCUGGCUCCCCUGGAGAGAAGCUCGUCUUCCCCCCUGCGAUGGGGUCUGCUCCUGGCCGCAGCUGGGCUCGGGGAGGGGAAAGCAAACGAGUGCCUGGAGAGCGGGGCCCCCAGGGUCAAUGUUGUCCCCGGGGUCCCAGCAGAAGGUUUAUCCCCCUUGUAUGGCCAGGGACCUGGGAACUCCCCCAGGCUUACACAGCUGCGGAGGAAACCCCCGUCUCCCAGUCCGGUGCCUUUAACCACCAGCCCAGCUCUCCGAACCUCCCUGGGCCUUCCCAGACUGUGUCAGGCCCAUGCGUGAGUGGCCGGCAAUUUCCUCUCUGGAGAAAGGCCCCUUCUGCAUGUGCAGAGCUCAGCUGGCCGCUGAGAACCUCCUGGGGCCCCGCGUCCGGGGAGCAGCGCGUCAGCCCCACACCGAGCACACGCAGACCACGGGCUGCUGGUCGGGCGGCGCGGCCUGGCUCUCGCCUGGGUGGAGCAGCAUUUGUAGAUGCUGUCAAAGUGCUUCGUUGCUUGGGCUGUGUAUUUCACGCUGCGUUUGUCAGGGAGCCAGGUGGGACCCUAGCAAAGCUUUAAUUUAAAACCCACGUGGCCGCCCGGGUUGCCCGUCUGGCCAGAUUGCCGGCUCCCCGGGCACGGUGCUGUGGCUUUUUCUCGCAGAGCUUUAGAGCCUUAAUGUCCAUUUGGCCUUUCGCUUGCUGAGUCGCUGGAAUUUCGUGUUGAUUCACCUGGCUCAGGGGCUGGGCUGCUGAGUCCUUCCCUCCCACCAGCAUUACUGGGCUUGCUGCCCAUCCAGUGCCCUUCUGUGCCUCACCAAGCGUCCAGGGGUGAACGGCUGCCCCUCCCCGGCUGGCAGGGGCUGUCCCAGGACACAGCUCCCGUUGAGAGUGCUUCUCUGCCCUGAUCUGUGGCCAGCCCGGCAUCCGCCCAGCUUUGAGGAUGGAUGAGCAGCCAGUGGGGCAGGAGCUUUCUCACCCGGUGAGGUGGGAGAUUUUACUCUUGUGGCAAAGGGAACCUCCAACGCAAUGGGCACCUCGGAUGAAUGAUGCAGACCCUGCAGCUGGUACGCUGGGAUCUCGGGCACGGCUCCUGCCAUUGGCUCCCGAGCUGACCUCAGUCCCCAAGCUUGGAUUGUGUGAGCUCUGCCGGGGUGCUGGGGCAUGCCUGGCACGGCGAGCAGCCCGGCCAUCUUCCCUUCGCCCAGCUCAGAGCGGGGAGGGGCCCAGAAACUUUUCCCCAUGUCUGUAGUUGCUGCAGUUGAGGUGCAUUUACUUAGACUGACACGUCCUUGUGGGUUUCCCCGACAGCAACAGGGGGACGAACGUCUCCAAAGCUGGAGUUGGAAGCUUUGGCCGCACGUGGCCCGGAGGCCGGGCUGUGAUACUUGAUUCACUCUGUAAGAUAGUUUGUGAGUUCUGACUAUUCUCGCUUUUCCUAGUUCCUGGAGUGUUUUGGUUCUGUAAAUCUGUCCACGGCGCGUCACCUGCGCCCUCGGAUUUGUACGGUACAAGCAAUAAAAUGGUUUUUGGAA